GUAAAAAUUCAAUCCCUUGAAUGAGUAACAGAUGUUGCAGUGAAACUCGCGGAAGCGGAAGGCUUACUUAGCCGUGCCAAUAAUGGUUGAGGGUAGGACGGAUCCACAAUUAACUUGCGAUUUUGGGUUUACCGUACAGCUACUGGAAGCAUCUUGACUGUACUGAGCCACUACACCGGAACCUGAUCAACCUUAGUGGUGGAUUCCCAGCGAGUCACGAGGACCUCUUACCUACUCUGUUGGGUGUGCAGUUCUCGAAUCGUCGAUACAAUUACGUCCUCGUAUUCUUAUAAUACUAAGCCUUUCGUCAUCCCAGGCGACGUCGAUACAUCAACCACCAAACAGCAACGAACACAUCCACCGAUACACGAGUCGACACAGUCUUGAUGAACUUCCCGAGUGAUGCGCAGGGAACCAAGACCGAACAUACCGAACACUCUCCACCACAGAACGCCAUGCCGUACACCAAUUACUUCGACAAUCCUUACCUUGGCGGGCCAGCCCCAAACGAGUCGCUGAACACCUUCUUUGACUCCGAUACAUUCUUCGAUCAAAACCUCACAUCCAUUCAGGGUGUAUCCGACACGACAUCAAAGACACAAGAAGGUUGUAAUGCGACAUUCUUCACAAGCAGCAUAUCGACCAGGGAUAACAACCAAACGAUGACGCAAACAUUCAACACCAUACACCCCAGUCCAUUCGAGCCAUAUCCAUUCGACUUCACACUAGACACCAGGCCACCACAACCGAACGAACCAGACUGUUUCUCCCCCACGAGCACAACGUCGCAACCCUCGUCGCACGGUGGAGACGCGCCGCAACCGCUCAUAUCGCCAUCUCUCUCCCCACACAUGCUAAAGCACGAAUCCCCAUCCUCGCCAACCUCUGCCUCCGAAUCAUCCACCCCCAAACGCCCCACGAGGAAGCGGGGUCGCCCGAAGAUGGACCGCAGUACCACCGACAGCCAAGUCAUGUCUUCUCCGACUCUAAAGUAUCAGCGCUCAAAACGGUUACCGCAUAAUCAGGUUGAGCGCAAGUACCGUGAGGGCCUUAAUUCGGAGCUGGAAAGGCUGAGACAGGCAGUGCCGAUAUUGAGGCAGAGCGAUGAGCUUGGUGCGGUUGGACAGCCGAAGCCGAGUAAAGCGAUGAUUUUGGCGAGCGCGAUUGAGUAUAUUCAGAGUAUUGAGAAGGAGAGGGAUGCGCUGAUUGAGGAGAAUGAUAGGUUACGGAGGGGGCAAGUUGGAGGGCCGACGCAGGGGGAUUGGGAGGGAAUGAACUUUUGAGGCUUGUUCCGCAUAAUUUUCUGGCAGCAUCAUGACUAUCGAGGAGGUCACGGAAUGCGGCGACGCAAGAGAGGGGUCUUGAGGACGGCGUUUGAGUUUAUUUUAUGAGUGAAAGGACCGCACCUUGUGAGUACACCGUUCGAUGUUGAUCUUUCGCAUAGAUUGUACAUUACGAUGGGAUGAAGCCACUCUGGGUAUGAAGGCGAUCUGUUAGCCAAAGACAGUUUAAUAAACGAAUAGCUUUCAAACAAUAAUGUAAUAAUAGAUAGCUUAGCGGCAAUACAUACACUUACCCUGCAUCACAAACGUGUAGUGGUC